AGAUAUUUGUGUCCAGAGUACUUUUCGACCUUCAUUCCGAUCUGGACCAUCGGGAUCAGACUGUUUGUUCUCUGAACUCUUGACAACCAGAAGCAGCCCUCCUCGCUGUAGCAGCGCACUAUCGUUGUUUUCCAAAUCUAAAUCCGCGCCACUCGAUAUCUUACUGAUCAUGCCCCUUAUCAAGCGGUUCAACGCAUCUGAUGAAUACUCCCGCCUCCUAUCCACCUCCCAGAACCGUGACAAAGAGCAAUCAAAUACAGAACAAGAAACACCGUUACACAACGCACUACCCCUCCUAGAAGAAACACAAGCAACGUUCCAACGCCUCCGACGAGACUCUGAUUUCACCCAGACCAACAUCUUCCGAUUCAGCGCUCCAUUCUUUACAUUUGCAUGCGUCUUAGCGUCCGCCGCCACGGCUCUCCGAAAGGAUAUGAUGCCUUCCCCAAGCGCUGUGUCACUGAGUUUGGGCGUCUUUGUACUACUUGUGGGCGUUUUGGUGGCCUUGGCUAUUUUGAGAGCGAUUAUAUGGGGCGGAGCCGUGGUUAUUGAUGGGUUCCUUACUUGUGGAUAUCGGAAGCCUGGGUGUCACGAGUCGAGACAACAGAAUAUCGAAACUUAAUCAACGGAGCAUCUUGUUUAGUGGGUUGUUUUCUUAAGAACGCUUCUCUACUUCUGCCACGGGUCCGACUGUCGGGACGAACGAAGAGAUAUUUUGGGCUGCCUUC